AUGUUUGAAGAGGCGCUCCGGCAAGCGCCGCGAGAGGAGCUCGUGGAGCACAUUCGACUCCAGCGAGAGCUGAUUCACCGUCUUCACCGGCGCGUCCUCGAGCUGGAGAGCUCCCUGGAGAACGUGUACACGUGCUCUAGCGACGGCGGGGGUGCCGUCGGUGCCGGUGGGCAGUCAGCUGCACCGUCUGAGCGGCAGCGCGCCGUCCUUUCCAGCAACCUUCGCCAUGGCCCGCCUCCUCCGACAGUCCGACAGAGCUUGUACGGAGCGUCUGGCGGCGCGCCGCCGGCAAAGGCGAGGGCAUAUCCCCUUGCGACGUUUUGCGAGGCGCCACUGGGUUUCAGCGAACGCUGGAGCACCGAUAAUGAUGAGGCGGCAGCGGCACCGGAGCCGCGCUGUCGACCCCCACGCCCGCACAUCGAAGAGAAGGCGCCCGUCGCCUUUGCGCACUUGUCUUCUUCACUGCAGCGGCAAACGGGUGAGCGUGCGGCGAUGGCGACGUCCGCCAAUGGCACUGAUACUGCUCCUGCGCCGUUUUCUGCGGCUGCUAUCUCCACUGGGAUCACCUCAUCUUCAGUAGACCACCCCACGGUGUUGGAGGGGAUCAAGGAGAUCAAUCACGUGCUUGCCGCCCACCGGGCCGGUCGUCCAGCCCUGCCGCUACCUGUGGUAGAGGAACUGGAAGAUAUUCGUACGAGGCUGCUGCGGGGCCUCAAGCAGACACACAGUAUGGGUGACAGAGACGACGAGAAGGCACAAGAGGCGGUGACGGCACGUCAGGCCUACGGUGCGCUGCCAAGGGGCGAGGAAAUGGUGCUCAACUCAGGUCCGCCAGAUCUCUUGUUCGAGCGCUGUGCGGAUGCCUUCCGUGCCGCAACUCACGUGUGUCCACGUUGGGUCUCGCCAGACUCGUCGAGGGUCGUGUACGGCACAUCACCACGCCGUCACCAGUAG